GAGAACAUCUAUCAUGUCAACAACUAUGUGUUUAAGCGUAAACAAAUGAGUUGCUGAUAGUCAAGGGUAAAAAACACAUGUUUCGCUGUUUUCUGAGUAGCACGUCUAUCUUUUACAUUUUAUGCAAAAAUCAUAAAUAAUUUUGAUAAUCGGUGAAACUUGGUUUUUUAUAAGAGAAGCAAUUUAACCCCAAGUGGCAAAGCAGAUGUCUUUAGGCAUUAGUUAAUUGUCCUAGCACCCCUUCAUCGCCAGAAAUAUCCACAAAAUCUGUCAUUCCGUCGAUCUCGCGCAGCUAAAAUUAUCAAGUUAUUUGCCUGUCACAUUUUUUUCAUUUUGAACUCUAACUUAGGAUACGUGAUCAUGCGUCGGAAAUUUUAAAUUAUUUAUUGUAGCUUAAAGUAACUAUUGAAGUAUAUUUACAUUGUAAUUCGCGGGUAAACUCUCACUGGGAAGAAAUUCGCCACAAAGUGAGUUCUUGUCUUCGAGCGAGAAAUAAAUCGCUAAUUAAUCGACACGGACAACACGAAACGGAUUUUCGGCGAGACAGUAUAUGAAGACAUCGCUCACCUGAGGUGUUUCUCGAGGUUGGAGUCAAUUUUAAGAGCGGCACCUUCGUUAAAAUUCAGACUGCAAAGUAACAGCAUAAGAAUAAUAUUAUUGAAAGACAAACGGCGCAAUUGAACGUGUAAGGCAAACAGCCCGCGGAGUGAACCGUAAGAAUCAUGGUACAAUGACUUCAAACGCUACUUUCUCGAUGACAAAGAAAGAAAGUUCCGCCAGUUCAAGAAUUAGGAUCAACGUAAGCGGAACAAUGUUUGAAACUUUAGAAGAAACCUUGUCGAGGUACCCAGACACUCUUUUAGGAUGUCCAAAGAAGCGUGUUCAAUAUUUUGAUAAAAGAAAUGACGAAUACUUUUUCAACCGAAACAGACUGGCUUUCGAUGCGAUUCUGUUUUAUUAUCAGUCGUAUGGGAGACUAGUUAGACCCGACAUGGUGCCUGAGAAUGUUUUUAUCGAUGAGGUACGUUUCUUCCAAAUUCGAAGCUCUUACACUUCUACUCGAGAUAAAAUCGAGCGUGCUCUUUUAGGAAAAGACGAGGAUUUACCACAAAACCUCAUACAACGUAAGAUAUGGCUGUUGUUUUCAAAUCCCGAAUCAUCAUACGCAGCAAGAGUUCUGGCAGUUUUAUCUGUUAUUAUCAUUCUUCUUUCGGUCGUUAUACCAUGUUUUGAGUCGUCAUCUGGGGGCAUCAACUCUUUAAACAACAAUAGGAGCACGUUUUUCUCGUCCUUGGAGAUGGCCUGUUAUAUUUGGUUUACCUUCGAGUUAGUGGUUCGUUUUUGCAGCGCACCUCAUAAACUGCGGUUUUUUCGCUCAAUGCUUAACAUCGUUGACAUAAUCAGCGUCGUUCCGUACUAUGUUCUUCUAACAAUGCAAAACACUCGUGCACCGUUAUCGGUGCUGCGCGCGGCAAGAAUGCUGCGUGUUUUACGGAUAUUCAAACUUUCCCGCUACUCCAGUGGUAUGCGGAUAUUGAUAUUUACGUUUUAUACGAGUAUGAAAGAGUUGGGAAUGUUUUUUAUCUUCAUCUCCAUCAGUGUCGUCGUAUCAUCGAGCGCAGCGUACUACGCCGAGACUGGUUGCGAAAAAUGCGCUUUUACGAGCAUCCCUGACGCGUUUUGGUGGGCGGUAAACACGAUUACAACGGUGGGUUACGGCGAUCAGUACCCGCUGACAGCCUCUGGUAAAAUGGUGGGUUGUUUGCUGACCGUGUUUGGUGUUUUAAUCAUUGCUCUUCCAGUUUUCCUCUUUGUCGCAAACUUCAACAAAGUUAUGAACGCCAACAUGGCGGCAAUUGACCGCGCUGGAGAAAAAGAACGCUGAAGUCAACUGAACCCAUUGAAACUCUAAGUGUGCACUGAAAUGGCUUUCUCCGAUUGCUUGCCGAAUUUUGUAUCACGCGAAGUACCUUUAGCAAAGUAAAACAAAUUCUGCUACCAUUUUGCACAUGAAUUGUGCAAAUAUUUUCUUUGUAUUUAAGCGCUUGUAUCGAUUACCAUUUGUUACUUUAAUGUUCUUCAAGUUCCUUCGAUAAUAGAAACUAUGACUAAUGUCAGAGCCACCCGCUAAAAGGUUUUUAUCAAUUUUCCUUAAUCAAAAUGAUGUCCAUGUUUGUGUUACCAACGCAAAAAUAUGACUAAUCUCUUUUUUCAGGCAGAUUAUUGAAAACCUGUUUGAAAAUAAGAUGGAUUAAUUGAUUGCUUGAAAAGGAUUUUAGCUAGUGUAAGGGCAAUUCUUUCUGUUUAGUAAAAGAAAAUGUUUCUAUCGGAAACUGUAUUUAGGUAAUCAAUCAAGCUGUCUUAUUUGUAAACAGCUUUUAAAUAAUCUUCCUGAAAAUUGGAAACAUUAGUCACUGCAUAAAAUCCUUGAUUAUUGUAAACGGACUAAAAUUAAUUUUAAUUUUUUUCAAAUAAAGCUUGCGAUUUUACCCCAUGAA